CGCUUCGUGGAACGGGAGAAUUGCGGGGCAGCAAGAAACAACUCCGAGUGCCGCACCCGCCAGGUGUCAGCACAUGGCAAGCCUCUAGCAUGUGAGCGCUCAAUGACCCGUACAAAGCAAACGAGGGAGGAGAUGACGGCAUAAAGCUUAUUGAAGCGUAGCAGAAGAAUCAAGAGUAGGCAUGUAAGCGUGCUCUAUGACAAUCAGUCAGUUUGCCAACAACCUGGAAGAUGGGAUGGAAGACGGUGGAGAAAAGCACGAAAAACACAAAAACAGGGCAAAAUCACGCGCAGAACGCAACAAAGACAGGGGGCAAAUGGAGUACAGGCGAAAGGGGGGUCUAUUUUUGUUUGCUGUUCGAUGUCUCGGACGUACCUUUUCCUUUUCCUUUUCCUUUCCUUUCCUUUCUUUUCUCUCUUCUUUUUAUGCCUUCAGCCGAUGGGGAUACUACCCGCCAUGGAAGCAUUCACUGCGGGCCCUCGAGAAGGGAGUCGGGGGUGGCAGCGUGCCAAACCCUGGCACGCCCUCGAAAGUACGCUCUGCGCGUGAGUUGUCUCGGCUAUACGGCGUGCCUGGGGCACCAGGGAAGGACGAAGGACAUGUAUCAUGACUGGAGGCAUCUCCAGGGCCCCUUAAGGGCACGUUUUGCUGGUGUAGAUUGCUCGGCACGUCCCUACAUGUCCAGGCGGCAUGGGGCCCCGGACGCUAAUGAUGAACAAACAAACAAUGACGGCGAGUGUGAGCAUGCCCCAGGAGAGUCUGGGACGCAGCUUCUUCCAGAUUCUGGGACGAGGUCGCCUCGGUUGGGUUGGCAAUGUCCGGCGGUGUGUUAAAGGUUCUGGCCUUCGUCGUAAGCCUUCAGCCUCGGACA